AUGGGAAGCGAGUCCCCGGAUCGACGGCGUCCCUGGACGCCACGCGACCUGCCCACGCGCGCGCCGGCCGCCGAGUUGACGGACAGUCCCUGCGCGCGGGACAGUCACUGCGUGCAGGACAGUCACUGCGUGCAGGACAGUCACUGCGCGCGGGACUGUCACUGCGUGCAGGACAGUCACUGCGUGCGGGACAGUCACUGCGUGCGGGACAGUCACUGCGUGAAGGACAGUCACUGCUUGCAGGACAGUCACUGCGUGCAGGACAGUCACUGCGUGCAGGACAGUCACUGCGCGCGGGACUGUCACUGCGCGCAGGACAGUCACUGCGCGCAGGACAGUCACUGCGCGCGGGACUGUCACUGCGCGCAGGACAGUCACUGCGCGCAGGACAGUCACUGCGUGCGGGACAGUCACUGCGACAGUCACUGCGCGCAGGACAGUCACUGCGUGCAGGACAGUCACUGCGCGCAGGACAGUCACUGCGUGCAGGACAGUCACUGCGCGCGGGACAGUCACUGCGUGCAGGACAGUCACUGCUUGCGGGACUGUCACUGCGUGCAGGACAGUCACUGCGCGCAGGACAGUCACUGCGUGCAGGACAGUCACUGCGCGCGGGACAGUCACUGCUGCGUGCAGGACAGUCACUGCUUGCGGGACUGUCACUGCGUGCAGGACAGUCACUGCGUGCAGGACCGCCCCCGGGCAGACGUGCCGGUAGUUAACAAGUGCGGCCGGCAGUCCACGGGAGGUGGAUGA